AUGCUUCUCAAGCAGUUUCUCCUUCCCGCUCUUUUCUCCUUCUCCGUCUCCGCCAACCCCGUUGCGGAUGGCGAUGCCGAGCUGGCGGCCCGCGGCGACUACGCCGUCAACUGCGGCAAAGAUGCCUCGUGGAACGCGUAUGCGAAGCAAUGCAUCUGCCACAACGAGCAGCUGAAGUAUGAUCAGAAGACUCUGACCUGCGGCUGCGGGGACGGAAAGACCUGGAACGGUCACAAGUGCGGCUACGACUGCGGCAGCGAUGCAUCCUAUGAUGACAAGAGCAAGGCGUGUGUCUGCCACGGCCAGGGCAAGUACUACGACACCAAGACCAAGAGCUGCAGCUGCAGCGGCGGCAAGAUUUGGAACGGCCACAAGUGCGCCUACGACUGCGGCAAGGAUGCUUCUUACGACGAGAAGAGCAAUACGUGUGUCUGCCGCGAACAGGGCAAGCACUUUGACGACAAGUCCAAGACUUGCAGCUGCACCGACGGAAAGACCUGGAACGGCCACAAGUGCGCCUACGACUGUGGCAAGGACGCCUCGUACAACGACUACGACAAGAAGUGCGUCUGCAACAACUACGGCCAGAACUACGACCACAGCAGCAAGACGUGCAGCUGCGCCGGCGGCAAGACGUGGGACGGGCACAAGUGCUCCUACGACUGCGGCAAGGACGCCUCUUACAACGACAAGCUCGGCAAGUGUGUCUGCACCAAGGGGGACCAGAGCUACGACCACGGCAGCAAGACGUGCAGCUGCACCGACGGAAAGACGUGGGACGGUCACAAGUGCUCCUACGACUGCGGCAAGGACGCCUCGUACAACGAUUACGACAAGAAGUGCGUCUGCCACAACUACGGCCAGCACUACGACUCCAAGAGCAAGACGUGCGGCUGCGCCAACGGCCAGGUCUGGGACGGCGGCAAGUGUGGCGACAAGUGCGGCAAGGACGCUACGUUUGACCACAAGUCGGGCAAGUGUAUCUGCCGCAACUACGGCCUCGUAUACGAUGCCAAGAGCCAGAAGUGCCAGUGCGGCGCGGGCAAGACAUACGACAGCCACUCUGGCAAGUGUGUCUACGGCUACGGCAACUACUAG